AUGAAGUGUCGACUGCUGGGCCUCAGCAGAGAGUCGGAGGAGGGGGGCUGGCGGCUGUCUUCUGGCACUAGUGUGGUGGUGGACAUUGCGGUAAUGGGAGAGGCCCACGGUUUGAUCUCAGAUCUGCUGGCAGACCCCUCCCUGCCCCCGAACACCUGCAGCUCUCUGAAAGCUGUCAGCAAUCUCCUCAGCACCCAGAUCAACAUCCAGCCGCUCCAUCGACCUCGCAUCCUGACAGAUCCCCACGUCUGCUCCGACUCAGAGGACGGAACAGAAAAAGGAGACAGAUUGGCCAUCCCAAAGCGUCUCAGAAGGAGUCUUCCGCCAGGAUUGCUGAGAAGAAUUUCAUCAACAUGGACCACGACUACAUCAGCUACAGGCCUGCCCACCAUAGAGCCAGGCCCUGUACGGCGAGAUCGCUCAGCAAGCAUCAAGCCCACUGUGGACAGUGAAUAUAGGAACAACCCAUUGAUGAUAACCACCUCAAAGAGCCGCUCCAUGUCAGCUACCUACACUGCCUCUGGCACUUCCAACCACCUCUACAGCAAACCACUGGGAAGACCAGGUUUCCCCCCCUCCAAUGUGUCACCUCUGGGCUCUCCAUCUCCGUCUCCUCCUGUUCAGGGAACUCCUGUCUCCAGCCCUACAAUAAAGACGUGUUCAGUGCAGCUUCCUGAGCUGGUGGGGCAACUGACAGAACAGGUUCCUGUGUCUAUAGCCCCUAAGAGCCAUCACAGAGCCUUAACUCACAGCCAGAGCGCCCCAAGCUCCACCACCAUUCACUGGCGGCCUCCAUCACUCUGUGGCAGCUGCGGCAGGCCGUUGAGCAAUCGACUAAACAAUGGAGUAGAAUCAGGCAGCAAAACAGACAGAAUACCCCAUCCAGAAGAGAGAGUUGUAGCUUCCUCAGAUUAUGACAGCACCUAUGACAGCACUUAUGAGACCAACCACAGUGACAGCAGCGACUUUGCACAAAACGACGAAGAGGGAGAGGGAGGCAAGAAGCCACCUGAGGUGAGGGAUGGCUGUAGGGAGUGCCCGACAGAGGGCAUUGUUCUUCACCCUCUACUGCCAUCACCAGUGGACAAGUCAGCGUCUGCCCCGGAGAGUCCAGUCAUGCCGGGUCUGGAACCCCUGAUGAGUCAACUCAACAACUGGAACUUCCCCAUUUUCAGCCUUGUGGAGAAGACUAAUGGUAAAACAGGCUGCAUCCUCAGCCAGGUUUCCUAUCGACUAUUUGAAGACACUGGUUUGUUUGAGACAUUCAAGAUUCCUAUUAAAGAGUUUAUGAACUACUUUCAUGCCUUGGAGAAUGGAUACAGGGACAUACCUUAUCACAACCGAAUCCAUGCAACUGAUGUUCUGCACGCGGUGUGGUACCUCACCACGCAGCCGGUACCGGGCCUGCCCACCCUGCCCAUGGAGAAUGGGAUACACACUGACACGGAAAACAGCGUUACACCUGGAGGGUCAGGGUUCCUGGUGUCCAAGAUGAGCUCUAAGCUAGAAGAUGGCUAUGGCUUCCUGUGCGGUCUGAUUCCAGCUCUGGAGCUCAUGGCUCUCUAUGUUGCUGCUGCCAUGCAUGAUUAUGACCACCCGGGAAGAACAAAUGCCUUUCUGGUAGCAACAAGUGCACCACAGGCUCUUCUUUACAAUGACAGGUCGGUGCUGGAAAACCACCACGCUGCAGCAGCCUGGAACCUCUUCAUGUCCCAACCAGAGUUUAACUUCCUGGCCAACCUUGAACAUGUGGAGUUCAAGCGGUUCCGUUUUCUUGUCAUCGAAGCAAUCUUGGCCACCGACCUCAAAAAGCACUUUGACUUCCUCGCAGAAUUUAAUGCAAAGGUGGGUGAUGAAGGAGUGUCUGGCAUUGACUGGACCAAUGAAAACGACCGAUUGCUGGUGUGCCAGAUGUGCAUAAAGCUAGCCGAUGUCAAUGGGCCACUAAAGAAUAAGGAGCUACAUCUGCAGUGGACAGAAGGGAUUGUCAAUGAGUUCUAUGAACAAGGUGAUGAAGAGGCCACUUUAGGCCUUCCUAUCAGCCCAUUCAUGGACCGCUCUGCCCCCCAGCUUGCCAAACUACAACAGUCCUUCAUCUCCCACAUAGUGGGACCACUGUGCUCCUCCUACGACUCUGCUGCUCUGAUGCCAGGACGCUGGGUGGACCCGUCUGAAGAGGCGGCUGAGCUGGAUGCAGAAAAGGAAGGACAGGAUACAGAGGAGGAGGAGGAGGAGGACACAGCGGAUGAGGAUGCCUCAACAGAGCAUCAGGAAACAAAAAAGCUGCACAGACGGAAGGUCUUUUGUCAGAUCACGCAACAUCUUCUGGAAAACCACGAAAUGUGGAAACGUGUCAUUACAAGCGAAGCCUCUCCCGAGGAGACCCAAGAAGAAAAUACCAACUGCUUAGGGAACCCCGUGGAUUCAAUCACAGCAAUCCGCGAGGAGGAGGAGGAGCAGGCAAGCAAAGAAGAAGAGUCAGCCGACGACCCCGAUGAAGGGGAAGAGGCAGCGGAGGAAGAGGAAGUCCUUCCACAAUCAGAGACCUCAGGAGAAAAAGAGGAAGUUCCAGAAUGAGAUUAUGGAUUUGAACCUCCUCUUAAACCAGGAAUCUUGACCAUCCUUUGAAAAUGUUUGAUUCUUUCCUAACUAAACUCUUUGUACGGUAGCCAGCACAUCACUUUUUGACACAACACUGUAGAAGAUGUUUUGGGUAAAACGUGCCUAACAAAAACAGGGUCGAGGACUGGGAUGAUGCAUGACCAGUAUAUCUGAUAAGGAGAUGAGCAAAAGAAGAAGAAAUAAGAGAAACAGAGUAGUGAUUACAAAUAAUGGACUCAGAUUUUGUUUGGUUUUUUUAACUGUAGCACUUGUUUUACUGUGGAUCUGGAAUCCUGCCCUCACCCAGGCUGCCCCUGUGCACUAAUGCAUCAGCAACUGUUCUUCCAGAAUCUCCCACUUUAUUAUCAGUCAGUGUAGCCCCCUCAGCUGGACAAAGGCGUGCAGCAAGCCCCUUCUUUAGGACAGUUGAAUGAAAGUAAGCCUAAAUCUGUUGUCGGACAUUUGGAAUAAAGAAGACCAGUUCGACACAAUCACACUCACAUUCCACGCUUCAAACAGAAAAAAAGUUAGAGAACCUUGUAGCUCCAAAAGCUUGAUUUUAGCUCAAGGAAAACAAUGUUUUAGCAUUUAUUUUCUCUCCCAUUUUUUAAAUAUUUUUUUGGCUAUUCAGUCCAAAAAGACACCAGACUGAACAACUCAGGAAAGCAGAUUUAGAAUAACAAAAGGACUUCUGACAUCCUUGUCCUUUUAUUUCGCUCUGCUUAUUUUAUUUUCUUUGUUUUCUGUCCUCUGAAUACCCACAAAUGUCGGGCUAGAUUCCCAUAACAUGGCAGAAACCAAAAUAGAGUAAAAGAAACGCUCAUGUUGGUAGUUUGGUGAAAUCUUUGAGAAUGUAAAAUAAUCUGUUGUAGUGAAUGCGGCUACUGCUAAGUUUCAGCUCAAAAUCACCCAAGAUUUACAGAAAUAAGACCUGAAAGGCCUUUUGGCAUCCAGGAGGCGCUGUGCACCUACAAGAAGUUGUUUAGAUGUUAGAUUUUAAAAAAAGGGUAGUCAAGCUUUUAUUUUUAUUUUCUUUAUAAAUUUAAAAGAAACAAUAAAAAAUAUGUUAGGGAAACUUAAGUAGCAUGUAUAUGUAGCCCUUUUCUCAAUAGUAGCAUGGAGAAAAUGCAGAAUAAGAGGUGUAAGCACUUUAAAUUACAGCAACAUUUUUAUUUCAAGUUGACACAGAUCCUGUAGGAGAAGGUUCUUCCAUCCACACUUUACACUCUAAAAACUGCUGGGUUAUAAACAACCUAAUGAGCAAUUAUUUUGCUUUUAGUUAAAAAUGCUGAUGCCUUUAACAGCCUUGAGUUGAUUUUAAAAAACAGGAUAGAGCAAUUGGUUUCAUACUAUUGAGUCAAAUUUAGGGCUGGAUAAUUAAUUGAAUUUGCAAUAUAUUUGCAGUUUAACAAAAUACAAUUUAACAAAAUACACUUUUUUUUUCACUUUACAGCUAAAAUGGGUUUGCUGCUACACAGAAGGGUUGGAGUUAGCAAGCAGAUCCAAGUAACUUUAAGCCCUCGUCCACACAACAAUAAUGUGCUGUGUCUGUACUUUAAAAAAGGCAGCAUUCAGGGUCAUGGAAAUAUUGAAACUCUGUAGUGAAACAUCUUCAUGCAUGUAGUUAGUGCAAAGAAAAAUCUAAAUGAAAUUGCUGUAUUGGUUGAAAAAAAUCUCAAUUUAGCUUUUUGGCAAAAUGUUUCAACCCUAGUUAGGUUAUAACAUCAUAAGAUCUAACAUCAAUGCUUAAAAACAUUAAACACAAUUAAGCAAAGAACAUUUGGUUAAAAUGCAUACAUCUCCCGUGUCUCCGAACGCUAUCUCUGCAGGAAUUAAUUGCAUACCAUCCUCCCAUUAAAUUUAACAAAAUGGUUUGUUUUCAUAUUUAUGUAAUUCAUUUUUUUCAAUAAUGUUGAAAGCUUGAGCUCAUUGAUAAUAUGUGUAACAUACAAAGCAGUAGGAUUUUUUAGAAACAGUUAAUUUUUGCAGCACAAAGUUCAAUCUCUGUAUAAAACAUUGCUUUAAAGCUAAGCAUGAAUGUUGAAUAUAUUUAUCACUAGGUUGCCUUACCUGGUAAAAUUGGCUAUCAGGUACAGAUCAAAUAAAAUUUUAAAGCUUGAUUAAGUUCAACUUAUUUUCUGGUGUGAAUUCAAACCCUAACAAAACCUACUGACAUUAGCAUUAGCAUGCAACAUGAUCAGACUCCUAUUUGAUUCUCUUCCUCAAAUCUCAGUUUUUCCAUAAACCUCUGUCCAAACAUGAGUCUGGCUUCAGAAGUUAAGAAAUAACCCAGCAGUAUUUUAAGUGUAACUAUUAGGCGUGCACUGAUUAAGGGUUUCUGGCUGAUCACAGAGUGCUGAUCUUUAAAAAGUAUGACAUUCCAAUGUUGACGCUACAGAUUUCUUUUUAUAAAGGAUCACAACACACAAGUUAUUGAAUCUUAUCUUACUGGUAAAAAAAAAAAUGCAAUCAUUGCCCGUGAAA